AUGAACAACCAACAACAAGGAGGCCGACCGCCGAGUUACUCAAUGAACAACCGCCCAACUAGCCCGGCAGUAGGGCAGCGCGGUCAUCCUCCGCCGCUCACCACAAACCUCCCAUACAACCCGUCCAGUGUUCCUAUGAACGGCCCACCAGGCUAUGGCAUGCAUCCCAUGGCUCCCAGCAUAGCCCCUAUGUCGAAUAACCAGUACCCCGGGCGCAACCCUGCGGUCGAGAUCGAGGGUGCCGGGCGCAACAACAAGGCUCAGUUGAUUGUCGGUAUUGACUUCGGCACGACCUUCUCUGGUGUCGCAUACGCGUUCGCGACAAACAACGAGGCAAGAGAGGACAUUAUCACAGAAUGGCCGGGUGCCGGAACCCACACCAAACAAAAAAUCCCUACCGUGCUCUACUAUGACCAAUUCCAAAAGGUGGUAGGAUGGGGCCCCGACAUCGCCGAUGCUCUCGCCCCCACCGGAUACCCCAAACCCAACGUGCAGAAGGUCGAGUGGUUUAAGCUCCAGCUGAUGCUUUCCGGAAAUACCUACAUUGACCCCAUCAACCUGCCUCCCCUUCCUACCGGAAAGUCCGAAAUCGACGUGGCUGCCGAUUACCUUUUCAAGCUACGACAAGCCAUGCGCGCUCAGUUGCAAAAGACACUGGGAGAGGUGUUCACGCGCGAGGAGCGCAACAUCCGAUAUUACCUGACGGUACCAGCUAUUUGGAACGAUGCCGGCAAGGCUGCAACGCGAACCGCUGCUAUCCAGGCUGGCUUUUUGCGCGACGAGAACGAUAACCGUCUCACGCUAGUCUCGGAGCCCGAAGCGGCGGCAUUGUUCUGUGCCAAGAGCGGACUGCUUAAUUUGAAGGUGGGCGAUGCCAUCUUGAUCGUGGAUUGCGGUGGUGGUACCGUGGAUUUGAUUGCAUACGAGGUCGAGGAAGAGCAGCCUUUCAGUGUGAUGGAAUGUACCGCCGGCUCUGGUGACUCGUGCGGCUCCACGGCACUGAACCGGAAUUUCAGCAACAUCUUGCGGGCAAAGAUUCGGAAGAUGAAGCUGCCAGAUGCAUCGCGGACCGCGGGCAAGGUCUACGCGAAAUGCAUCAUGGACUUCGAGAAUCGUAUCAAGGCAGAUUUCCGUAACAAUGGACAGACAUGGGCAGUGGAUGUGGGUAUUGAGGCUGAUUUCCCCGAAGCUGGUAUUGUGGAAGGCUAUAUGACCUUCACAAACGAGGAGAUCCUUCAGUGCUUCGAGCCUGUCGUGAACCGUAUCCUCGAAUUGGUUCGCAAUCAGAUUAUCGCUAUCCAGGCACAAAAUCGCCCGAUUCAGAAUGUUUUGGUCGUCGGUGGAUUCGGUGCUUCAGAAUAUCUUUUCCAGCAGAUCAAACUCCACGUGCCACCUCAGUACCAGACCAAGGUGGUCCGUCCUAUGGACUCUGUGGCUGCGAUCGUCAAGGGUGCAGUUACAGCAGGUAUUACUGAACGUGUUAUCACCCAUCGCGUGGCCCGUCGACACUACCUGAUGGCCACACUCCAGCCAUUCAAGGAGGGAUAUCACCCGGAACAGUACCGUGUGCCCAGUUUGGAUGGACGCGAUCGAUGCAAGUACACCCGUCAGAUCUUCGUCCAGAAGGGGGAACGUGUCAGAAUUGGCGAGCCGGUCAAGGUCAGCUUCUUCCGUCAGGUCGCACCUGGCGCCACACUCAUGUACGAGGAUGUUUUAUACGCGUGUGAUGAGGAUGUAUGCCCCGAAUACACCAAGGAUCCACGCAUCAAGGAAGUCGUCACACUCACAUCCGAUCUAUCACGCAAGAACCUAGAGACCGACUUUGAGCGCAUGGACACACCCCAGGGCGUCUUCUACCGUGUCUACUUCGAUAUUUAUCUCACGCUAGACGGCAGCGAAUUCAGCGCCGAACUAGUCUGCCAGAACGAGAUCAUGGGCCGCUGCCGUGCCAAGUUCCGGUGA